GGACCUUCAUGGUAGACCGUUGAAGAAGGAAAAGUCUAAUGUUUGGAUUAAUUAUUUACUAGUAAAAGGCAGAUUUUUAAGUCGGGACAUAACAAAAUAUCAAAUAACUCAAACAAUGUAUAGGCUUCCAUUUGGAUUAAUGAAUUGUGGAGAGAUGGAAUUACACUUGGAAGAAGACAGUGUACCUUUUGUUGUCCGAGGUCCUGAUAAUGUGAAAGACGUGACUGUACCAUUUAUUGCCAGAGGUCCUGAUAAAAAUGACACUAUACCAUUUAUUGUCAGAGGUCCUGAUAAAAGUAACACGAUACCAGUGGUUGCCCGAGGACCUGAUAUAAGUGACACUGGUGGUUUUAUGGGCAUACCAGAAAAUAGUCCACGAUCCGAUGAACACUUGAAAGAAAGUAUUUCCCUGUGUUCUUCAGGAGUGUCAUCAAUGAACAGUUCGUUGACCAGCUCUGGUGAUUUAUCUCCUGAAGACACAUUAUCAAGAAUCUUAGUACAUCGAGAUUAUGAGGAGCAUUCUGACGAUGGUGACAGCCGACUGUAUGGGUCUGGAACAGAACCUAAGUUGUCGUCCUCAGUAGAAGUUCAUUAUCCCCCCUCUACAUUAAUAGCCAAGAAUCCUACCACUGUGAAGCCAUUAAACGUACUUGUGAAGAAGGCCGAUGAAGCGAAUCCAGAAUUAAGAAAGAGUUUCAGCCUUUAUCAGUCCAUUUACACCGACGCUGUUGAAGCCCAAUUCUCAGACAAUUCAGACAUUUUAAGUGGCUUUUCUCAGCUUUCAAUUAAAGACGAUUCCUAUCCGCAUGUGUACGGCGGAAGGCUAGUUACAGGCGCAACAGAGCAAGAUAUCACAGGAUACAGAUCUUGCGAAGCUGCCAUUGACAAGUCUGAUUUGAUGAAGCCUGAUGAAGAUCAUGAACGUUGUCAGGGAAUGCUUGACAAGCUCAAAUCAUUCAUUGAUCAG